AUGGACGACGACAACCUGGCGCCGUCCUUGGCCGACCUCGAGAAGCUCUACCUGCUCGGCAAAGGCGGCUGUGGCCGGGUCUACAAGUGCAGAGACAGGCGAACAGCCCAAGAAUUUGCUGUGAAGGAGAUUGAGAUCGCCGGUCGUGAAGACCGCUGCAAGCUCGAAGCCGAUGCCAUGGGUCCGCUCCUUGUGCGUUCAGUGCGCUCGGCAUCUACGAUGACGCUCGUCAUGCGCUACCUGCCCGGCGAGGCACUGUACAAGUGCCUCUGGCGCUGCACGCGCUUCUCGGAAGGCUUUGCCAAAGCAUGCGCCGCUCAAAUCGCAGCAGCCAUCGUCGACCUCCAUGGUCGCGGCUACAUGCACCGCGACAUCAAGAGCGGCAACGUGCUCUUGACGCGCGACGGCCACUGCCACCUCGUCGACUUUGGACUCGCCGCCUCGUCCGCCACACGCGCCACCGCCAUGUGCGGCACGCACUACACCAUGGCGCCCGAGAUCCUCGAUGGUCACGGCUACGAUGCUGCGGUCGAUUGGUGGGCGUUCGGCGUCCUCUUGUUUGAGAUGGUCCACGGGUCACCGCCAUGGCCGUACAAGAGUGACGAAAGCUCGCUACCCGCGUACUUUGCUCGCAUGCGUGAGACGGCCGCGCAUCUUCCAUGGACGAGCGACGUGCCCCUCAGCGCCGAGCUCCAGAGUUUGAUCUCAGGGUUGCUGCAAGUAGAUCCUGCCAUGCGCUUGGGUCCAUCGAUUCAAUCGCACCCGUGGUUUCGGGACCUAUCGUCGGAUCUCGCGGCGUCGGGCCCGGAGCUCGAGACUGGCUUUCAGCACGUGGACGGCGCGCAGCAAGGUGUCGACAGCGCCGAGAGCAUCACGUCGGCCGAAAAUUUGCAGUUUGCAGGCUUUUAA